UCUCAUAUAGGAUCACAACAUGUCAUGUCAGCCUCUCUCCCUAAGGAGUCGCAUACUGUCUCGCAGAUUCUCCGUAACAACCAGGUCAACAGUGUAAUGCUACAUGGCGUCCCAAUUGUCUGUCUAUUCAUUGACGGUCAAGAGAGGUUAUGCUUGGCACAAAUCUCAAAUACCUUACUCAAGCAAUACAGCUACAAUGAAAUACAUAAUCGCAGAGUUGCUUUAGGGAUCACAUGCGUCCAGUGCACACCCGUGCAGCUAGAGAUACUUCGCAGAGCAGGAGCAAUGCCUAUUUCUUCAAGACGAUGUGGGAUGAUUACAAAACGUGAAGCAGAAAGACUCGUUAAGUCUUUCCUAGAAGAUAAUACCCCUCCCAAACUGCCAGACGAUUUUGCCUUUGAUUGCUUCCAUGAAUGCGGUUGGGGAUGCACAGGUAGCUUUACUCCUUCUCGCUACAACAGCUCUAGAGCCAAGUGCAUCAAAUGUAACUUGUGUAACCUAUACUUCUCUCCAAACAAGUUCAUAUUUCAUUUCCAUAGAACUCCUGAGGCAAAAUACAACCACCCAGAUGCUGCAAAUUUCAACUCAUGGCGACGCCAUCUGAAGUUAUGUGGAACAAACCAUUCUGAAGAACUAAUCUCAGCCUGGGAAGAUGUGAAGGCGAUGUUCAAUGGAGGAAGCCGUAAACGGACCCUGAACCAUUCAUCGUUGCCACAGCAGGCAAAUAAAGAACAUGCACACCUGAAACGUCACAAGAAAGAACAACAGUAUCACGAAGGAAGUCCAAGGGACACAGCAUCUACAUGCAACGUACCAUUACCAAAACUAACAUACCCAUUUAGUCCACAUCCAGCCUUCGCUCUACCAUAUACUUAUCCAAAACCACAUACAGAUUAUUCAAAGAUGCCCCAAAACUCUGUGUUUGGGAGACAGCAAGAUGGCCACUACCCUUAUGAGUUCAUAUGGGCCAAUCACCUAGGAAUUGGUCCAUACCCUCAGAUGAUUAUGAGCCAAGCAAAGAGACUUCAUGCACCAUCAGACAGACUUCAUGCACCAUCAGAGAGACUUCAUGCACCAUCAGAGAGACUCCAUGCUCCGUCAGACAGACUCCAUGCUCCAUCAGAACGACUACAUGCACCAUCAGAGAUACUUCAUUCUCCAUCAGAACCAAUGAAACUAGCCCAAAGUGUAUCAGAGACAAGUUGUCAAUCAAAAUUUAAAAAUCAAGACACCUUCGCAGAUGCCUUCAGCCCAUGGGAAGAUCACCACACGUCUGCAUUCACGAGAGUCACAACAAAGAAAUCAUUCAAAGAAACAGCUGAAAAUGAAAACAUGAAACAAACUGAUGACCAUAUAACCACCACAAUAACAAGCCAUGUUGAAAAUGAGGCUGAGGCUAGUGUAUCAUCUCAUGGUAAGAACAGUGAACUGGAAGAGAUUGACAUCAUACAUGUAGUUCAAGAAAACAAUGAAAUCAACAACAACACAGAUGAAGAAGACACUCAUGCGCCAGUGAAAAAUGAUGAAGUGGAAGCAGAGCAUGAAGAUGAAAACAAAACUGUUCAAACAGAAAAUGGUAAUAAUUCCAAUCAUAAUGGAAUAGAAACUAUAAAAUGCAAGGAUUCUUACAUUGAGAAGCAGCAAGGAGCCAGUGGUAUAUCUAAGUUAUCAAAAGAGGAACUUGAAGAUCAACUUAAACUGCAGCUUGAACUUAAACAGAAGCACGAGGCACAACUAGAGCAGCUGAAAGGUCUAUUAGAACAAAGACUACAAGAAGAACAAAGAUCACAUCACACAGAUAACCAAGAAAAGGAAGAAAACCUAAACAAAGAACUGGACUUAACAGCAAAGAUGUUCGGGUAUAAAUUGGAUCAAGAGCGCAAAGUGAGAAAUGUCAUAUGCUAGAGAUAUCCCAAUUUCCCACAAUGCAUUACACAUAUUCACAUUUAUUAUGCUGGUGAGGUUGCAAAUUCCCACAAUGCAUAGCAAACAUUUAUAAAUCAAUGUUGUCAUACUGGUGCUGUCAAGAGACUGUUUAAGUUUUGCUACAAAUAACUACAUGUAUUUACAAAAAUUCAGCUGUACGAGUGUUUAAUAAACACAAAUUGUAACAUCAAUUAAAGGCAGAAUCAAAUCUAUAGGGGGUGACAAAAUUGCAAGCAAAUGGUGCAGUUGACCUGCCAAUAUUUUCCUUACAAGCUCAAAUAUAAAAUCUCCCAAAAGAUCAAAGAUAUGUUAUCAAUUUGUGAAGUUGUUAAAGUUUCAAAGUACAAAAAUGGGAAAAAUGUUUAAAUUCUCCCAAACAAUCAAAAUUAUAAUUACAUAUUUAAAAAAGAAUACAUUAUUGUAACAUUAUUUUGUUUUCCUCAAAU